AUGAAGCACACCCUCGCGCUCGCCCUCAUGGCGUUCUCUCUCGACGCCGCUACGGCGUCCCCCUUGAACGUUGAAGCCCGACAAGGCGCAGGUUCCGGCGCAGGCCCCUACGCUCCAGGCACCUACAAGACCGACUCCAGCCUCCAGUCGCACACAAUCUACUACCCCACUAAAACGCCCGCCAACAACGAGAAGCUGCCCGUCCUUAUCUGGGGCAACGGCGGCUGCUCCAACGUCGGUACCUCCAACUCCGCGCUGCUGCAGAACAUUGCGUCCUACGGGUUCCUCGCGGUCGCAGAGGGCGCGCCGAGUGGCGGGGGCACGUCCAACUCUGCGAGCAUGAAGGCGGCCGUGGACUGGGUCACGAAGACUGCCGGAACGGGCGCGUACGCGAAUGUGGAUGCGAGCAAGAUCAUGGCGGCGGGAUUCUCGUGCGGCGGCACCGAGGCGAUGGACAAUGUGUGGGAUAGCCGGGUGGACACGAUUGGCGUCAUCAGCUCGGGGCUGCUGUCGAACUACACGGCCGCGAGCCAGUGGCGCAAGCCGGUGCUGUUUGUGCUGGGUGGCAGCAGCGACAUCGCGUACCAAAAUGGUGAGCGCGACUUCAAGAAUCUCGCCGCGGGUGUGCCUUCGUGGAAGGGCAACAUCAACGUCGGCCACGGCGGCACACUGAACAAUGCGAACGGCGGCACCUUCGGGAAGGCGAUCCUCAACUGGCUGCUCUGGACCUUCAAGAACGACACCACUGCGGCGAGCUACUUCACGAGCGGGUACAAGGCGGACAACUGGCAGGUGGAGACGCAUGAUCUGGACCAGUUGAAACCGUUUUAGGUGCG